AUGAUACUCAAUAAAUUAAAGAAUCAGCCGAAGUGGUACUUAAAAAAGGAUUGGAGGAUUAAAACCCAAAUACUUGUAGCCUAUCUGAUAGUUUAUUUAUUUAUCUUUAGCUUACUAACAACCGCUGUAAUGGUUUCUUAAAAUUACUUGCAUGAGAUGCUAACUUUGUUUUCACACCAAGUAUUUUUGAAGCAAACAAGAAAUUCUUUAGAGUAUCAAUGGGUAUACAAAAGAGGGCUGGAAGAAACCUUAUUCCACACUGCAUAAUAGAUUUCAUUUGUCAGAGAUUUUAAUUAGCUUUUUGAUUCUCUCGUUGCGAAUCACAGUUUGAAAGUAAAAGAACACCCAAUGAUGUGUUUAAAUGACCCGAGACAAAAUGACUCUUAUUGUUACACUAGCUCUGUGUCUUGUGGUAUCUUUGGGAAGCCUACAAAUAAUUUUAAAAAAUUAGGAGUUGAGAGCGUCUUGCUUACUACUUCAUAUUUAACAUCAUUUAGAUUUUCUUUAGAUGGCAAAUCUCCUAUCUAUUAUUUUAAUAACAACAAUGCAACUUAAUUAUAUUGUAUUACUCUUGGAUUAUAAUUUCCAAAAACAUUUAAUCCCUUAAAAAGAUAAUACUACCUCGAUCAUUUGCAUGCUUCUGCCAACGCCACCAACCCCAAAACCAUCUACAUAGUUAAUCCUUACGCUAUAAUCACUAAUGCAAUCAACUUCCCUAUGACUACUAAUUUACUUGAUAAAAAUGAUGGUAUUCUUGGUAUCAUUGUGAAGGGCAUUGAAUUAGACUACGCAACUUUAUCCAAAUUUAAUGGUAAUAAUACACAAAUUUUAAUAAUUGACAAGAAAGGCAAAGUGCUUUUAUCAGAACUUUAUAAUAGUAAAAGUCAACCCAUAUAUUUUUUAAACGAAUCUCAGUUCUCCGGUUUUGAUAGUUCUGACCUUGAACAGAUACUUUUCCAUCACUAUUAAAAAGAAUUUGUAAGUAAUUGCGAUAAUAUCAUCUCCACUAAUAUAUUGUGUAGAUAUAACUCUUUAGAUAAAGAUAAUCUGAUAAUUGAGAGUAUGAACAUUUCGAAUUCUCCAUUCAUAAUGGUAAUGCUCUAAAAAACAAAUUUUAUAAUUAAAUAAGAAGCUGAAUUUUUGGAGAUAUUAGCAGCAGUAUUUAGGGAGGAUAUUCGUAACACUAUAAUAUUUGCAUUGGUUAUUCCUAUAUUCAUUUUAUUUUGUUCAUAAUUUCUUAUUAACAUUAUUUUAAACUAAUUGAAUGGGAUUAUUUAUGAUGUAAAAGCCUUCCUUUAUAGCAACAAGAAAGAGUACUUGUCAACACAUUUAUUUAAAAAAAAAAGUAUCAUUAUAUCAGAAUCCAUUAUUGAAUUUUAAGCAGCAAUAAUAAAUUUAUUUUAGCAUCAAGUAAUAUUUAAAAAAUCUAAUGAAUGCAUUUCUGUAGAAACAAUUUAAUUUCCAGUUUAUACUAAGCUUUACAAGUUUUUGGUUAAUCAACUCUAAUAAAUUAUUCAAAAGAAAAGAUUAAAGAAUAAUUUUAUACCAGAUAGUUUGACAUUAUUUGAAUUAAAAAAAAUACUGUUCAAAUGA